CGUAAGUGAUGUUGACCUGGUGACCCCGCGCGUGUCCUCGACUCGCCCUUGUCUGAGAUGGACAAGCACAAGUGGUGCUUCUGCCUGGUGUGCACACUCCUGGGCGCCGUGGCUGUGCUGUGCGUGUGCGUGGCCACUCUGCUGCCCGCGACCUGUUCCGGUGGCUUCCAGCACGCCGCCGUCGCUGCGGACUCGCUGGUUUGCUCGCGGGUCGGCAGGAGGUUGCUGCAGCAGGGCGGCUCGGCAGUAGACGGCGCCAUCGCGGCCCUCCUGUGCACCGCCGUGGUCUACCCUCAGAGCAUGGGCCUCGGCGGAGGUUCUGUAGUAACCGUUCGAAAUAGAACAGGUAAGGUGAGGGUCUACAACUUUAGAGAGACUGUCCCUCGGAAAUUUAAAAGCAACCUGUUGGAUGAUUGUCCUGACUCUUUCAGAUCUAUGUCAGGUAGUCAGUGGAUUGGUAUUCCUGGAGAGCUCCGGGGAUAUGAGGCGCUUCACAAGCUCUACGGCAAGCUGCCGUGGUCCAAGCUCUUCGAGGAGCCCAUAAGACUGGCCAGGGAGGGCAUUCCGGUGCCGCCUCAUCUGGGGAAGAUUCUUGCCAUGCCCACCGUGAAAAGCAGAGUCGAACAAUCUUCCCUCUGUGAGGUUUUUUGCAAAAAUAACAAGAGUACGUUGGGGACAGGAGACAUGAUGAAGUUUCCCCAACUUGCAGAGAGCAUGCAGAUCAUUGCCAACAAAGGAGCCGACACCUUCUACAGUGGCCAGAUGGCUUGGGAUUUGAUUCGCGAUGUCAAAGCCGCAGGUGGGACAUUAGAAAUGGAAGAUCUCAGGUCCUACCGGGUCAGGGUGGCGGAUGCGUGGACAGUACCUCUGGGGGACACCCUGAUGCACAUCCCUCCACCGACCGCUGGGGGCGCCCUGCUUGCCUUUAUCCUCAAGAUCAUGCAAGGGUUCUCUUUGACGCCACAUUCCCUGGAUGGGGACCAGAAAACUCAGUUUUACCAUCAUUAUAUAGAGGCGGUCAAAUUUGCCAAUGGCCAACGAAGGAGCAUUCGUGAUCCUCUCUUCAACAGCAAUGCGGCUGCAGACCAUCUAAUGGAUCCCGCCUUCAUCGAUCACAUCAGGAGAAUGAUUUCUCCCAACGGCACCCACCCGCCCUCCUACUACUCCACCGUCAGGCCGCCGCCAGAUCACACGGGGACGUCGCACGUUUCCGUGCUGGAUGAAGACGGACUGGCCGUCUCCGCCACCAGCACCAUAAACCAUUUAUUCGGAGGAGGCGUUUACUCCCCGCGGACAGGCAUCAUCCUCAACAAUGAGCUGGCCGACUUCUGUGGAAGAGCAGACUCGCUGAAGCCCGGGGAGCAACCUCCCUCCUCGAUGACACCAGCCAUACUCGAGUCCAAGUCUGGAGGACUACUUGUGAUUGGUGGAGCAGGGGGAAGCAUGAUCACCACUGCAGUGGCCUUGUCUGUGAUCAAUCACCUUUGGCUGGGCAUGAGUCUCAAGGAGGCCAUUGAUGCUCCCAUCGUGUUUGUCGACUCCAAGAACAACGUGAAUUUUCCACCGGCGUUUGACCAGUCUGUAAUCGACGGUCUCAAAGCUCUGGGGCACCAGGUUGGACAAAUGCAAUAUUUUUUCAACAUAGUAAACGCUGUGGAGAAGGAGGAUGGAUGCAUCGUGGCCGAAUCAGAUGCCAGGAAGAAGGGGAUGGCAGACGGAUAUUGACAGGAACGUGUCGCAAAUUUCCCUUUAAGGGCCCUUUUAAUAUUAUUACCAAUCAUAAGGUGAGCUUUCUGCUACCUUCUUCAUGGAACCAAAUAACAAAAUAACGGAGUUUGGACAUAUAAAUACCUUGUCUACUAUAUGACCUUUUUUCACAUGUUCUAUUAUUAGUAUUUGAAUAUUGUUUUUUAAUUAUUUCUUUUUGCAUUAUUAUCAUGUUUUGUUUUUUUUUUAUUUACUGGUAGUGUGUGUGUGGGGGUGGGGUUCAAUUUAAUUCUGGUUAUCAUUAAGUUACAAAAAUUAUUUCUAACAAAAGAGAAUGUAUGAUUAUAUUUUAAAUAGCUGUUGUAUUAAUUUGGCAUUCAUUUCUGUCAGGCUUUUUUUACUGCCACAAGAUAAUCAUACAGAGUCAAAAACAAAAUUGAUAUAAAUUCACAACAAUACAGUAUGUUUAAAAACUUUAACUCUCUCUGGAUAUGUUAGUAUUAAUUCUUGGCUUCAUUGAUUCGUUUUUGCCCCAUUUAAAAAAAAAAGUACAAAACAUUAUUGAAAACGGUAUCUAAAAGUUGGCGUUAAAACCUCAACUCUUCAAAUAUUUGUCUUCAGAAAACCCUCAUGGUACAUGAAAGGACAUUUUAAAAGUUAUUUUCAACAAUAAGAAAACUUGCAAUCUUUUUGUUUUCCUUUGGUCUUGUCCCAUUAGGGGUUACUACAGCAUGUCAUCUCAGAUGAACACAUAUUUGUUUGACAAUCAUUUACAUUUAUGUAUAGUACACACACACACACACACACCACACACACACACACACACACACACAGAGACCUGUUCCCCAAAAAUGUGAACAUCAUGGAAAACUUUAUUUCCAUAACUCCAUUUAAAAUGUUAAACUCAGAUUAUAGAUUCAGUGCCCACAAUUUAAAGUUUGUUUAUUGUUACAUAAUUUGGGGUUCUAUCUUAUGAAAUGGUGAAGAAAAUUUGGUGAAGAAAUCGGCCCAAGUUUUGCCGUUUUCCUGCAUUCUCAAAUUCAUGGUCACCCCCAAGAGUCUACCAGGAUGUUUUAGAGGACUUUAUGAUUCCUUCUGCUGAGGAUGCAGAUUUCAUCUUCCAGCACCAAAACCUGGUUCGAUGCCCAUGACAUCAAAUUGUUUGUCUGGCCAGCCAGCUCGCCGGAUAUAAACCCCAUGAAGAAUGUAGGAGGAAUUAUCAGAAGCCCAAAUUUUGUAAAAAUAAAUAUUUCAAAUUAGAUAAAUUGUGGGGCCUAAAUUUAUAAUCCAUUAAAGUUUAAAUUUUUGAAUGUAAUCAUGGAAAUGAAAUAAACCUUUCCAGGAUUUUUAAAUUUUUUGGAAAGGGCCUGCAUGUAUACUAGUACCUUUAAUUCAUUGUACUCCAUUCUAACAUUUGAUUUUCAUUAUCCUUAUGCAUCAGAGAAAUUCCAUUAAUCUAUUGCCUUAUAGUGAGUGGGGCCUAUUGGAAAUGUAGUUUACCAAAUAUUCCAUCCUUAAAGGGUUACACCUUAUGAAAGCAACCAUUAAAGUGUAAUUUAUAAACGUAUAAACUGGAAUGUGCAUCAUGUGCGUUAUCACAGCCAUCGAAGGAGUCCAACUGCUGCACUCUGCUUUGUACUGCUUUUUUUUCCUCUGUACUACAUGUCAUACAAGCACAUUUUACUGUCAUCUAAUAAAC